CUCUCUUUCUCUUUUUUUAUAAUCAUCAAUCUCAAUCAUCUUUUAAUCAAAGAUCACCACCAUAGAUGGCUCUCGACACUCUCAAUUCUCCCACCUCCACCACCACCACCACCGCUCCUCCUCCUUUCCUCCGCUGCCUCGACGAAACCGAACCCGAAAACCUCGAAUCAUGGACCAAAAGAAAACGUACAAAACGUCACCGUAUAGAUCAACCAAACCCUCCUUCUGAAGAAGAGUAUCUCGCUCUUUGCCUCCUCAUGCUCGCUCGUGGCUCCUCCGAUCAUCACUCUCCACCGUCCGAUCAUCACUCUAUUUCUCCACCGUCCGAUCAGCAGAAAGAUUAUAAAUGUUCAGUCUGUGGCAAAUCUUUCCCGUCUUAUCAAGCGUUAGGUGGACACAAAACAAGUCACCGGAAACCGUCGUUUCCCUCUGGUCAAGCAUUGGGUGGUCACAAACGGUGUCACUAUGACGGUGGUAACGGUAACGGUAACGGUGAUAAUAGCCACAGGUUUGACCUGAAUUUACCGGCUGAUCAAGUUAGUGAUGAGACACUUGGAAAAAGUCAACUCUCCGGCGAAGAAACAAAGUCGGUGUUGUGAUUAUUAUAAUUUUUUUACCGAUCGGUUUAGCUAAGUGAUUGAUCAUUAGCUGAGUCUGUAAUGAAAAUGAUUGGAGUGGACUUUGGAUUAUUUUAAUUUCUGUUUACGUAUACGGAAAGAAAUAAAAUCUUCAAAUGUUU